AUUUCGGCAGGCUGCCUCCGCCACCACUGGCUCACUUUUUGAUUUUUUCGACGUCUUGAGAAUCAUGCUCGCUCGCCGCUUGACCUCGAAGGCCCGCGGGUUUGUCGCGCCCGUCAACGCCCGCUCGUUCUCGGCGGCGCCGUCGAAGGAAGACUUUUCGUCGCCGGACCACUACUUUGACGACGAGGUCAAGGCGCAGGUCGGCGACCCGUCGAAGCGCGCGUUCACCUACUUUAUGAUGGGUGGCGCCCGCGUCGCGUACGCGACGGCGGCGCGCCUCGCCGUGCUCAAGUUUGUGGGCACGAUGUCGGCGUCGGCCGAUGUGUUGGCGCUGUCGACGGCCGAGUUUGACUUGUCGUCGAUCGAGGAAGGCUCGACGAUCACGGUCAAGUGGCGUGGCAAGCCCAUCUUCAUCAAGCACCGCACGGACGCGGAGAUUGAGGAAAGCAACAACACCAACUUGGCGGAGCUCCGCCACCAGGAAACGGACGCCGAGCGUGUCCAGGACCCCAAGUGGCUCGUCAUUCUUGGUAUCUGCACCCACUUGGGCUGCGUGCCGGCCUCGAACGCUGGCGAGUACGGCGGCUGGUUUUGCCCGUGCCACGGUUCGCACUACGAUGUCUCGGGCCGCAUCCGCAAGGGCCCGGCGCCGCUCAACAUGGAGAUCCCGCCGUAUAAGUUUGUUUCGGCCCAGCGCGUCCUCUUGGGUUAAUACCUCAAAGCGUUUGCGCCCAUCCCUCUUCGUUCCACCACAAUUAGAUCCACUCCUUCUUAAUACCAACCAGCCCUCUCGGUUAUGAUCUCGCCGUGUUGCUCGAGGCUGCAUGUGUCGU